AAUGGGCUAAGCCCAACAAGUUAAUAAGCCCAAAUUGUUUCAUUGCCUCACCGUUUACUGCAACCCCUCUCUCUCUCUCUCUCUCUCUCUCUCUCUCGAUUACUCCGUCGACAGUACAGGUUCUAGGGUUAUCGUCGUCAUCAUCAUCAUCUACAACUUUUGUUCCUUGUUCUUACCGCAAUGAGUUUGGAGCACGUCUUGAACUAUCUGAAACGCAAGCACCUCGAGAACCCUUCUUUCUCGUACGCAGUGGAGAACGAAGACAAUGGCGGAAACGUUAUCUGGGCCGAUCCCACUUGCAGGUCGAACUACACUCACUUCGGCGACACCCUCGUCUUCGACACUACCUACAUGAGAAACAAUCAAGUCCCUUUCGCUGCCUUGACAGGCUUCAACCACCACGGCCACCCUCUCCUCUUCGGCUGCGCUCUCGUCCUCAACCAAUCACAAUCCUCCUUCGCGUGGCUCUUCCACUCUUGGCUUCAAGCCAUGUCCGCUCCUCAUCCUCCUCCUUCCAUCACCCUCGAGCCUGACCCCGUGAUCCACCUCGCCGCUUCUCAGGUUUUCCCCCAGGCGCGUCUUCGUUUCAGCCUCCGUCUUAUCAUGGAGAAGCUCGCUCACGUGUUUCAGUCUCACCCCGGGUUUCAAUCAGAGUUCUUGAGCUGUGUUACCGAGACGGAGACGGUUAGUGACUUCGAGGGGGCUUGGGACUCUGUUUUGAGGAGACACUGUCUCGAGGAGAAUCAUUGGAUUCAGUCUAUUUAUAAUGUGAGGCAGCAGUGGGUUCCUGUUUUUAUUAAAGACACUUUUUUUGGAGAGCUGUCUAGUGAGAACUCCUUCUUCCACGGGUUUGUGGACGGGUCAACCACCAUGGAGAUGAUCAUGGCCCAGUGUGAGGAAGCUGUUAACAGCUGGCGUGUGAAAGAGCUGAGAGCUGAUUAUGAGUCGACUAACUCUACUCCUGUUUUGAAGACGGCUUCUCCCACGGAGAAGCAAGUUGCUGGAGUGUAUACGAGAGCAGCGUUUUUGAAGUUUCAGGAGGAGUUUGUUGAGAUUUCCGCAAAUCCUGUGAAUAAGAUGAGUGAUUCCACUUAUCGUGUGGGGAAGUUCGGACAAGGUCACACUGUUGAGUUUGAGUCUCUUGAGGAGGUGAAAGCUAAUUGCAGCUGUAGGAUGUUUGAGUAUUCGGGGAUUGUUUGUAGACAUAUAUUGGCUGUGUUCAGUGCCAGGAAUGUUUUUACUCUUCCGUCUAGGUAUCUGCUAAGGAGAUGGACCAAGGAAGCAAAGAGUAGUAGCGAGUUUUCAAACAGUAGUUGCCAAGAGUCCUUAACUGUUUGCUAUGACAAUCUCCGCCAAGAAGCAACCAAGUAUGUGGAGGAGGGAGCCAAGUCUAUUCAGAUUUAUAAAGCUGCAGUGGUUGCCUUAGAUGAAGCUGCCAAGAAGGUUGCUGCUGCAAGUAGCAAAACUAGAGGAGGAGCAACUAAUGGGGAUUCUUACCAGUCUGACGAAACUCAAGAAACGGCCAAUGGAAUGUAUCAUCCACUUCAAUGUCAGGGUGAAAAGGAGAGGACCAUACUUGAACUGACAGCUGAGCUGGAGAGGACAGGUCAGCGAUGCGAAGCUUAUCGAGCAAACCUGCUGUCUAUUUUGAGAGAUAUGGAAGAACACAAGUUUCAGCUGUCUCUCAAGGUGCAAAAUGCUAGACUAAGCUUGAAAGAGUGAGUGCAAACCUGAUGGAUAAUGCCCAUACCAUCACAGUUAUACUCGUUUACUCUCUGCUUUUAAUCAAAAUCUUCUAGCUUCAAUAACUCUGCACUUAAAAGAUGAUAACACCCAUUAUAUCUUCUUCUACUCAAAAGAUGAAAACCAUAGACAGAACAUAAUGAAUCAUAAGCGUAGUCUGUAAUAGUAUGAGAAAUAAAUAAGAAAUCACAUGUUGUCCAAAAAAAAAAA